GUGACCCACCAAGAAAAGUUGCAAUAAACACAGAAAAUCAUAGGCCUACUUUCAAGUUCUAAAAAUAAAUUGAUGUUUUUGACACUGGUGGACCCUGAUUUUCAUGGAAACUUCGCACAUGGGAUGCCACAAAACCAUGAAAGACUCCCGCUUUGUUUCGGUUGCAUACCAUACCACACAUGCCUUCCAGGUCAUGAACGAACUCCGCCAACAGGGCGGGCUAUGUGACAUCACUCUGUGUAUUGAGCAGCGAGAAUUCCAUGCGCACCGCAUUGUCCUCGCAGGAUGCAGUCCGUAUCUGCGAGCCAUGUUUACGAAUGGGAUGCUGGAGUCAGAAAAAAGCAUGAUUGAAAUUCAUGGAAUUGAUCCAGAUGCCAUGGAAAUACUUAUCGAUUUCAUGUACCGGGGAUCCUUGGAGAUCACCAUUGAGAACGUCCAAGCUCUGCUCCAAGGCGCCAGUCUGCUGUCUAUGGUCAGCUUGCGCAAUGCUUGUUCGCAGUUCCUUCAGUCCCAACUGGAUGCAUCAAAUUGUAUAGGUAUCCAAUCAUUUGCUGACAUGUAUUCGUGUGCUGAACUCGACACUGCUGCUCAACAAUACUUAGAACAACACUUCUCGGACGUCGUGCGGGGCGAAGAAUUCUUCCAACUUAGCGAAAAAAAACUAAUCAGCAUUCUGAAAAACGAACGCAUUCAAGUCGAAAAAGAGGAGCAGAUCUUCGAAGCUGUCGUCACGUGGGUUGAAAUCGAUCCUACGAGGCGAGAGUCACUUGCUUGUACCAUAUUGCCAAACAUAAAACUAGCGUUAUUAGAGCUACAGUACCUAGAAGAAGUAGUCGUGAGGACUAACUUUAUUCGGAAUUGUCCGAAAUGCCAAAAUAUUGUCGCUGUUGCACAUAGGAUGAAAAUGGACAACAAUGCACUUGCGACGAUACGCACUCGUGCGCAGCCACAGUGUAUUUUUGUCGUCGGUGGCCGUACGAGUGUUCAUACCCAGUUAAAGAGUAUGGAGCGUUAUGACGUUUGGCGAGACCAGUGGAUCCCCAUGGGCAACAUGAACAUUGCGCGUACAGCUGUUGGCGUGGGAACACUGAAUGGUUUCCUUUACUCCGCUGGUGGAGAGUGUGCCAUCUUGAACACGAAUGAAGACACGUUAUAUCUGCGAUCUCUGGAGUGCUACGACCCGAUACUCAAACAAUGGGAAACGAAACGCGACAUGAAAAUACCUCGAUCUUUCAUCACGCUGGCUGCAUUAGGCCAGUGCUUAUAUGCUGUAGGCGGUGAGAAUCGAUCAGUCAGUUUUGAUAUCAUGGAAAAAUACGAUCCGAAGUUGGACACGUGGUCAUUUGCACCGAGUAUGAAACGGAAACGUGCUGGAGCUGGAUGUGCCGUGUGUGAGGGAAAGAUCUACGUGGCAGGUGGCUAUGAUAAGACGUUCCACACCGACCGUGCGAGUGUGGAGGUGUUCGACCCCGAGUACCAGGAAUGGACGUUCAUUGCCGAAAUGUCGAAGGCACGGUCGGGGCUGGUGCUUGUUGCCAUAGAAUAUAGCAUCUAUGCAAUCGGCGGACGUUUCAGACACACAGACAGAUAUUACGAUUUAGUCGAAAAAUACAACACCAUCACCCAACAAUGGACUACACUGACAGCCAUGAACACACCCCGCGCCUGGCCGGCCGCGACAGUCUACGAAGGCAAGAUCUACGCCAUGGGUGGCUUCGAUGGAUUCAAUCGGUUAAGAACCGCCGAGGUUUAUGAUCCAGAGAAUGACAGUUGGUCGUAUAUCAGUAAUAUGAACAUAAGUCGUGCUGGGAGCGGGUCAGCGAUCGUAUGAUGCUCUGGUGACGGAAUUCUUGAAAGGAAAACCUAAUGUGUGGAAAACGGAUCACUUGGAGUGGGGGGCGGAGUGAUGCAUGUGCUCUCUAUAUUACAGUGGCCCUGGCAAUGCAAAAUAGCUUCGCCUGUGGGUGAGGUUUUUGUUUGCAAACUUAUGGGCAUUUGAAGGUGCUGCUUGGUUGUGAUGGAUAAUGUACUGCAGUGCACUCCUCCCAGUGACAAAUGUGGCGGAAAAUAGAGAGGUUUUAUUGUAUUUCUUUUCUUCAUAUUUUAUGUAAAUCCAGUAUCUUCCAGUUCCGGCUUAGGGUUAGAUGUUUAAGAGUAUUUCAUUCUGCAAAAAUUAGUUUGCACAAAAAUAGCACGCAUGUCCUUGUUGUUCAUCAAUGAACUCCCAGUUUGCUCUGUCAAUUGGUUAACCCCACUUGACAAGCAGUAAGAUUAAGCAAGAUAGCGUACAUUUUUUUACGUGUGUAAAAUACUGUUCACUAAUGUGAGCAGGGCUAGGUCUAGCCCUCGUCGUGAAACUCCCUAAUCUAGCACCACCAUGGCAUUUCAUGGCAUAGCCAAGUCCAGGGAGUUUUGAGGGCGGUUGUCGCCAAAAUAACCCUUAACUCCCAGAAUGAGCACCAACUCCCAUAACCGGAAUCUUUGCCCGACUGGUGGCCACUUCACUACAAAAUUUGUUGGUGUUACACAAAGCUUUCUGCAGCAUCUUUUUUGGCAGUGACGGCACACUCUGCAGUGCAUUGCAUUAUAUACCGGCCUUGUAUCAUGACGUCUGGACACUUGUAUUUUAGGCCAUCAGAACAUACAUAUAGAUGCUGCAUCAGACUAAAGCGUCGGUCCAUCAUUGCGAAAUCGCCGUUAAAGACUUUUCUCAAAUUUUUGAAGAUCCAAAGCAAGCCAUGUAUAUAGCACAAAGAAUAUUUCUAUAUUAAGUUAUACUGUGUCGACACUUCUUAGCCAAUCGAGGGGCACCUGUACAAAAGACCUAUCUUGUGUGUACUAGUAUCUGAUGGCUUAAAAGCGUCAACACAGUUUUGACACAUAUAUGUAUUGUAAUUUAAUUAGGUGCAUUUCUGAACGACGAUCAUCAUAGAAUCUUUUAUAAUCGAUCAUUGGUUAUCUGAGCUUGUGAUGAGCACUAUAUAAUGGUGCCAUUUUUGUCACGAUUAAACAAAUUUUUGGCUUAUUUAUAAAUGUUUUAAAGAUUUUUUCAAAUUAGACAAAAAGUAAAUGUCUCUUUUCCCUGAAAAUGAUACUAUUUAAGAGUCUAUUUUUAUCAUUUGAACAUUUGCUAAAGUUUGUAUAGUGCUGUUUGAAACAACAAGUGAAUGUUUGAUUUUUGUUAGCUGUUUACAUCAGAGGAAUAUAAUGGCAAUGGCUGAUGCACUGGCCUUCCUGAAUGUUGUCAGGCCACUGCACACCUUUUGUUUGUUGUGCGGGUAAGUACAGUGGCACUGUUGGCCAAGGCCAGACUUUAGAUAAAGGCUGAGGGCUGGGUAGAUUCCCUUACUCUUUGCGAAUGAUCCAAAGUGUUGUUUUGCCAAGGAUCUGGGGUACUAAUACUGGAAGAGAGGAAGAACCUUGGCUACAUUUGCCUAACUGUUCACCUAAUACAGACUCCUUCCCCUGGUGGUGGUUUCGGGAACCAUCCUGCUUUGUCCAUGUUGUUACAUUGUAUUUCAUUGCAAUCAAUGUCGCCUCCCGUUUUUGCGGAGCAACAUUUUUGACGUCUGCUUUGAGCUGAACAGUAUUGCUUAUAGUUGUCUGCUAAUAAGUGGUAAAUGAUGAACCUAUCUAUUUUUCUUGUUAUCAAAAGCUUAAUAAAGUCAAUCCUA